GGCAUCCCCGGGUCGCCUCCUUUUCUGUUCGUUUGGCCUGGCCGGCUGCGUGCCUCCCCCCACCCAUGAACCCCGUUCCCAGCCGCUCCCCCUCCCCGGGCUAUUUGCAGAUUCCCCGUGAUCACACCCCUAUUUCGACGGUUUUAGCCUCUAUUAACGGCAAGGGCAUCUCCAUCCCGGCGCCACCUGCUUGUCUCCGAGCCCCCCGCCGCCCGCCGGGGUGGGCUUGCUGUGGAGGACGGCAGCCAACGCGCGCUUCCUUGCGGAGGAGGGGGGAGACCAAAAGAAAAAACUGUCAUCUGAAUUUUCUGUUGGAUCCGGCUGGGAGGUGGAACAUAUAAUUUCUUGGUCUUGCAGAGAGUCCACAAGUCCUGAUAUCCUGACGGAUUAACACGAACCAAUGGGAUGCUGUGGCAGCAAUCCUGUAGAUGCCGAGGAACAUCUAGACUACAGCUCUGGAAAUGUGACUAUUAUACCUGACAUAAAGAGCUGGGAACAGAAAUUGGAAGAUGCGUGUGAACUUGGUAAAACACUUGUUGUAAAAUUCAGCGCAGUAUGGUGCGGCCCGUGUAGGAUUGCUGCUCCCGUAUAUGCUGAACUUUCUUUGAAGCAUUCCGAUCUUGUUUUCGUGUCUGUGGACGUAGACGAACUGCCGGAACUGGUCACGAAAUUCGACAUAUGUGCAACCCCAACAUUCAUUUUCUUGAGAGACAAGAAGGAGAUCGAUAAGCUGGUCGGGGGCAACCAGGCAGAUCUUGAGCAGAAGUUUGAACCGUAUUGCCGGCCAGGUGAUGUAGUCAUGUGCAAACAGUCUUUCGACGAUAAAAUCACCUGAUGCGCCAGUCAAUAUAGCUUCAGAAGGAGCACGGCCAAGUACCCUCCAUUGGCUGAAACUUCAGCAAGAAUUUUGAGCAGCUGAGCUCUUUGAGGACAUAGGUUCGAGAAACUGACCACAGCAGAAGUAGGAUUUCGUGGUAGUGUCGAGAUCACCCGUCAUGAAAAUGUCCAGUCCACAUUCAGCAGUAAAUUCAGUUAGCCAGUAUGUGUAACUCUGCACCACACUGUUCAAUGAACUCGUACAAGAAGGCAAUGUACUGAUCGACACCAGAA